UCAAUAAGAUUGACAGCUGGUUUUGAGGGCGUGUCCUACAUCCAGCUACAACUCUUUCGCCAACUGUUGACGCGCCAGAAGUCUGACCUCUCGCGCACAGGUGACAGAAUACAUCAACAGAACCCCACAUACUGCUUCCUGCACCUGUACAAAUGGCAUUCCGAGGCAGUGUGAAACCCUUUGUGAACUUCAAUGCAAAGCAUGAUGCAGACGUUUUGCGCAAAGCCAUGAAAGGGAUAGGUGCUGAUGAAGAUGCCAUCCUCAUGUUACUGGCAGCUCGCAGUAAUAACCAGCGACAGGAAAUAAAAGCAGCCUAUAAGAAAGCUCAUGGCAAGGAUCUUGUGAAAGACUUACGGUCUGAACUUGGAGGGAAGCUAGAGGAUCUCAUUGUGGCCCUCAUGGCUCCACCUGCAAUAUAUGAUGCAAAUGAACUCCAUAAGGCCAUCAAGGGAGUGGGUACUGAAGACCAAGUUUUAAUUGAGAUUCUGGCAUCCAGGACAUGUGAUGAGAUAAAAGAUAUCAUCAAAGCUUACAAGAAAGAACAUGGAGGCAAGCUGGAAAAAGACAUAAUGGGUGAUACGUCAGGACAUUACCAGAGGUUGCUGGUGAUCCUCGUAAAGGCAAACAGGGAAGAGGGAGUGGAUGAGAGCAGAGUGGAGAAAGAUGCCAAGGAGCUGUUUGCUGCCGGAGAGGAGAAAUUUGGCACGGACGAGGACAAGUUCAUCAACAUACUUGGCAACAGGAGUGCAGAACACCUGAGAAAAGUGUUUGAUGCCUACAAAAAGAUUGCCGGCUGUGACAUUGAAGAGAGCAUAAAAGAUGAGUGCACUGGGAACCUGGAAGCACUGCUGCUGGCUGUGGUUAAGUGCGCAAAAAGUGUGCCUGCUUAUUUUGCUGAAUCCCUUCGAGAGUCAAUGCGGCGUGCCGGCACUGAUGAUGAGACUCUCAUAAGGGUCAUGGUGUCAAGGAGCGAGCGAGAUAUGCUGGACGUUAGAGCGAUAUAUAAGAAGAAGUAUGGAGAAUCACUCUACAGCACCAUACAGGCAAACACUGACGGAGAUUACCAGAAGGCCCUGCUCUACCUGUGUGGUGGUAAUGAUUAGCAAUACUGUAGUUAGUAAUUAUCCACGUCAGAUUAAGUCCUUAUCUGAUCUUCAGCUUCCUCAUUUACAUUUUCUCAUUUGUGUUUAUUUUUACAUCUUUUAUGUUUUAUGGUUUGAGAAAAAGUAGUUUCAGUGUUGGAGAAUAGGAGGGUUUUCUUUGAUGGUUUUUGAUUGUUGAUGUUUGGUGUAUUGAUUCUUUAACAGAAUUUGGUGGUUUAGCUUGUGUUUAGCUUGAAUCAUUGUUUCAAAAUUGCAUGAAGACUUUGAAAAUAAAAUAUUAUGGAAUGUU